UUUUGCCCCUGUAGAUCGCGUUCACUUUUCUGCUAAUACGAACGACAUCAUCAACUACACGAAGUCAUUGACUCCCCCUCCGCCUCCGGCCGAAGACGCCUCCGCCUCCGGUCUCCAAUCGACAACGCCGACAAAGCCUUCUCCUCUGGCAUCCAGUCGACGAAACUGACGAAGCCUCUUCCUCCGGCCUCCAGCCGCUUCCGCCUCCCCCUUCUCUCCUAAUCUUCCUAAAUUGGGGGGAUUUGGAAGGAAGGAAAUCGUCUCUUGAUCUUUAUAUAUUCAGAUUACAUAAUUACCCCUAAAAUAACUAUAUAACGAGAUCAAAUAACACAGCACGUAUACAACCACAAGGAGCUUUUUGCGCAAUCUUCCAAGCCGCUGGUUCGUCUCUGCAACAAGGAUUUCCUGCGGAUCUUGGAACAGUAAUCUACGCAUUGUUACAGAUCGUUAUUACCGCUCUAAAUGCACUGUUUGUAGAUACAGCCGGUAGAAAGCCACUUUUAUUGGUGACAGUUGAAUCCAUGGGUAUCCACCACCAGCACCUACUUCUACCUUUUCUCUUUCUAGCCGUACUCCCACUCUCCACCAGCUACUACCAGCAGCAGCACCACCACCACCGGACUCUACUACAAAGCAGCAACGUUUCAUGUCCUCUGAACUUUGACUUACUCCGUCGGCUCGCUGGCUCUCGUCGCCCUACUACAGCCGAUCGUGCAACCGCCUGCCGCUACGCUCAGCAAGGUCUCCGGUUGGUCGAAGCUGAUUACCUUCUCCGUACAAACUCUUUCGUGCCACCGUUGAACUCCGCGGAGUCAUGUUGGGCGUCAUACCAAAUCCUGGCUAAUGACUUUUUCCCCAAUUUUGAUCUCCGGCAAACAUGCCGCUUCCAAACGAACUGGAUUGCCGUCCCCGGUUGUAUGAAUAUAAGUACCCGUCAAGAAUUCGAAAGCCAUGUUUCUAGAUCAUCACUGAACCCCGUCGUUUCAGCUUGUAACCAGUCGCUCUCUGGUUCCUCUUGUUCGGCGUGCACCGUCGCGCUUUCUACUCUCCAGGCAUCAUACCUUAACGGCGACUUCGUCGGAAACCUAACGGACUGCCGCGCUUAUCCAUUCAUCUACGCUGCUGCCUUCGUUAAUCCAUUCGGCCCCACCGACAGAGGUACCGCAGCAUGCUUAUUCUCACUUGAUAUCGCUUUAUCAAAAUCCAAGAAGAAAAACAAAACACUUAUAAUUGUCAUCGUGGUGGUUAUCGUUUCAAUCAUUCUAUUCGGAAUUGCAAUUGGAUUUUUGUUCUAUCGGAACAGAAAACUCAAAAGGAAUCGAAGAACAAGAAACGAAUCCAAUACCGUCUCUGCUUUGGACUCCAUUACCGGAAGCACAACGCUAACCAGAUACACCAUUGAAGAUAUCAAAGAAGCCACUAGAAACUUCUCGAGAGAUAACAUAAUUGGAAGAGGAGGUUACGGAAACGUAUACAAAGGCGUUUUACCUGAUGAAACCGAAGUCGCGUUGAAACGAUUCAAGAACUGUUCGGCUGCUGGCGAUGCAAGUUUCACACACGAAGUGGAAGUAAUCGCGAGCGUCCGCCAUGUAAAUCUGGUGGGUUUGAGAGGAUACUGCACCGCCACCACUUCAUUUGAAGGUCAUCAACGGAUCAUCGUUUGUGAUUUGGUUAAAAAUGGCAGCCUCCAUGAUCAUCUUUUUGGGGAGUAUUCAUCACGAGCCAACCUCAGUUGGCCGAUCCGUAGAAAAAUCGCUUUGGGUACAGCUCGUGGAUUGGCCUAUCUUCACUACGGAGCACAACCUGCAAUCAUUCACAGAGACAUCAAAGCUAGUAACAUACUCUUGGAUGAAAAUUUUGAGGCUAAAGUUGCUGAUUUUGGGCUAGCUAAAUUCGCACCCGAAGGAGCCACACAUUUGAGCACCAGGGUGGCCGGAACAAUGGGGUAUGUUGCCCCGGAGUACGCGUUAUACGGCCAACUGACCGAAAGAAGUGAUGUUUAUAGCUUUGGGGUGGUGCUUUUGGAGCUCUUAAGUGGUAAAAAGGCUCUUAUUGGGGUUGGGGAUGGUGAUGGUCAACCGGUUCUUCUAGCUGAUUGGGCUUGGUCAAUGGUGAGAAAAGGUACACCUUUAGAGGUAAUCGAUGAUAGUAUGCCGGAAUGUGGUUCACCUGAAAUCAUGGAGAAGUAUGUGUUGGCGGCAGUUCUUGCGUCUCAUCCUCAGUUAUAUGCUCGGCCUACAAUGGAUCAGGUGUUGAAGAUGUUAGACACGGAUUUACCAGUUCCUUCAAUACCGGAAAGGCCAAUUCCGCUUAUAGCCGGAAUCGAGGAUAUCGAGAAAUCUGUUAGUAGUAGUGGAUCGGGUCGUUUGUCUACUCCAAGAGGGUAUCAGUCGUUUGAGAUAGAUGGACAAUUUUCCACCAGGAGGGAGCAGCACGAAGGAGCCCGUCUUUCGGGUGGCAGAUAGCACACCUCAUACAGGUACUGUUACAUGAUUUUAUUCUUAUUUUUUCCCACUCGAAACCUUAUGUGGUUAAGCUAUGAGUUUGAAUCAUACACUUGUAUAUUAUGUUGUAAAGUAGGAUUUUGUAAACAGAGGAAACCCGAUCUGAUGUCAUUUAUUGUGCCUUUGAAGGAAAUUUCCACUUCGAUUCGUUACAA